AUGGCACCGAACGUGCUCGGCAACACGAUACUCCUGGCGGAGGCCUGUAUCGAGCAGGAGGAUCGGAACAACAACAAUGCACCGGUUGGCACACAGCAGUACAAGAACAAAUCCUUCCUGAACGUACCACCAAAACCGACACCAGUUACAGAAGAUACAAAGCCAAAGGAUGUCGCGAAGGUGCCGGGUACGAGUACGGGACGCUACUACCAUCACGUGUACGUGUGGCGAAACAUUAUCGCUUUCAUCUAUCUGCAUCUUGGCUUUCUGUACGGCAGCUAUCUGCUGGUAACAUCGGCAAAGUGGAGCACAUUUUUCUUGGCCCUCAGCUUGGGGUCGUGUGGCGCCCUGGGCAUCACGGCCGGAGCCCACCGGCUCUGGUCGCACCGGGCGUACAAGGCGAAGUGGCCGCUCCGUCUGUUCCUGAUGCUAGCGCAAACGCUAGCCUUCCAGAACAGCGUGUACGAGUGGGUGCGGGAUCACCGCGUCCAUCACAAGUUCACCGAUACCGAUGCGGACCCGCACAACGCGACCCGCGGCUUCUUCUUCUCGCACAUCGGCUGGCUGAUGGUAAAGAAGCAUCCGGACGUGAAGGUGCGCGGCCGGGCAGUGGAUAUGGCCGACCUGGAGCAGGACGGGAUCGUGAUGUUUCAGAAGCGCUACUACGCGCUGCUGAUGCCGCUGUUCUGCUUCGUCCUGCCGACCUUUCUCGCGUACUACUAUCUGGACGAAACGUUCUCGAACGCCUGGUACGUGGUGGCCAUCUUCCGGUACGUCCUGUCGCUCAACGCUACCUGGCUGGUGAACAGUGCGGCCCACAUCUGGGGCACGAAACCGUACGACCGUAACAUCUCCCCGACCAACAAUACGUUCGUGGCGAUCGCGGCGUACGGUGAGGGCUGGCACAACUACCACCACGUGUUCCCGUGGGACUACAAAACGUCCGAGCUCGGUACGUACAGCACCAACUUCACGACCGCCGCGAUCGACUUUUUCGCCCGGAUCGGGUGGGCGUACGAUCUGAAGUCGGUGUCGGACGAGCUGAUACGGAAGCGCGUCCUGCGGACCGGCGACGGGACGCACCAGUACAGCGAGCAGGAACUGCACGCCCGCAUGGUGGACUACGUAAACCAGCUCGACCACGAGUCGGAGCAGGCGGUGUGGGGAUGGGACGAUAAGGAUAUGAACGAGCAGGACCGCCAGGAUGCCACCGUUAGGAAUAGGGUCGACUAG